AUGGCUUUAUUAUAUUCGUCUAAUAUAACAGAUAGUAAUAUUAUUGAAUUCGCUACAUCGACUAUAGUUAAUGAAAAAAAUUUAUGGAACAGUACCAAAUCAUUUUUUACUCUUCAAAAUUCAAUGAUAAUCUUGGCAAUUAUUUGUUUGAUGUUUUUCUUUAUUACAUUAUGUUUAAUAUUUAUUAUAAUAAAUUUAGCAAAAACUAAACGUUCAUAUCAAACUCCAACAAAAACAAUAUCGAAUAAUCUUCCUAAUAAUUAUCCAAAAUUAGAUCGUCAUCUUAAUUUUACAUCAUCACCAAAUCAAAUAGGUUUAACAUCGAAUCAAAUAGCUUCACUUGGAAAUAUAAUACCAAUAAAUAAAGAUGUUAAAAUUCAAGAAUCAUCACCAACAAUAAUUAGUUCAACUUCAUUGCAUGAAAGUAAUAAAACACAAUCAUUUGAUAAUUUUGAACAUGAACUUAAACGAACAUGGAAUGAAAAAGGUAUUACAUCUAAUCCAUCAUUGACUAAUGAUGAUGAAGUUGAAACUGUUAAUGAAGUUCUUGAAAUGGAAGAACGAAAUGGAAAAGUUUAUUAUAAAGUUAAUUUUACUGGUCAUCCAUCGGAUUAUACUGCUUGGGUGUGUGAAGAAGAUUUAAUACCUGAAUAA